UACUUUCUCCCAAUUUUUCAUUUUCAACACUGUAUUCAGCUGCAAAAUCUGCUAUUUUGAAGCUUUGAGUAACUUAAAGAAUGGCGGCGGAAGCUCAAAGCAUUGCUCGGUUUCUUAACCCAUUGGCUUUUCAUAUUCAGAAAUUGGGUCUUGAACUCAAAUGCCCUCUUUGCUUAAACUUGCUGACUAAACCUAUGUUGCUUCCCUGCGACCAUAUUUUCUGCAACUUUUGUGUUCCGAGCUCGACCCAAGUUCAAUGUGAAUGCCCUUUAUGCAAACAUCAAUAUGUUGAUCAAGAAAUAAGGGCAGUGCCUCAUAUGGAGAGUAUGAUAGCCAUAUUUAGAAGCUUAGAUGCUACUUGCAAUGCUAAAGUCUUUCAAUUCCAAUCUCCCGAUGCUGGAAGAUCACUCGAGCAGUCUCCCGUUUCUAUUAAUGCUGACAAAUCAAGAAAUGAGCAAUCUGUCAAAGCCAUAAUAAGAAGGAAUGAUCCGAGCAAGGAGAUUCAUAGGCACAAUGAACAUGGAAUGCCAUGGAAUGUUGUGAAUCAUUUGAGUGUCUUGCCUUCAUCUGACAGGAAGGAAGACUCGAAAAAUGAUGGGUAUAAUGCAGAGGAAAUAGAUUUGAAUCAAUUUCAACAGCAGUCACCAGGCAGUGCUCAUUCAUCAGACAGCAACAAAGAUAUUGUUAAAGAGACCAGUGAACUGAGAGUUAUGAAAACCAAUGCUGCAAAGAGGCUUGUUGAAGAUAGCUCAGGUGUGGUUCCAUUUCUGAAAAAAGAAGAUAGCUCAGAUGUGGUUGAAGGUUUAAUGCACCACACAGUUUUGCAUGAAAAUGUGUUUCAUGAAAGGGAUGUGAAGAGACAAAAGAAACUAAGCUAUGGAUUGCCAGAGAUGGCCUUGCAGAGUCAUGAUCAUAAUCAACAAAGAGAGUCUUGUUCAAGAAUAAUUGCCAACUCUGACUGCAACUUGACAUGCAAAUUGAGUGAAUCUUCUUUUGUUGUUCAUCCACAAGAAGUUUCAGAUCAACAUCUUCUGGAAGGCAGUGCUUGUGCUUUCUGCCUCAAAUCUAAGAUAACAGAGGGAACUGGACCAAUGCUGCACUAUGCAAAUGGCAGGGAGGUGGUGGGAGAUGCCACUUCACUUUCAAAAGCCAUACCUGUGCAUAUGAAAUGUAUUGACUGGGCGCCUCAAGUAUAUUAUGAUGGAGAGAUCAUAAAAAAUUUGGAGGCUGAAUUGGCAAGAGCUUCAAAACUCAAGUGUAGUGGUUGUGGCCUAAAGGGUGCAGCACUUGGCUGCCUUGUGAAGUCUUGUCGGAGGAGUUACCAUAUGCCCUGUGCAUUUGAAAUGCAGGACUGCCGUUGGGAUACUGACAACUUUGUAAUGCUGUGUCCUAGCCACAAAUCAGUUAAAUUUCCUAGUGAAAAGUCAAAGUCUAGGAAGCGUGCCAAUAUUGAAGCACGUCCAGAACCUGCUCCCAUAACAUCCGAGCGAUUGAAUUUUUGGGCAACAUUGUCAGAUGGACCAAAAGAAUGGGUUCUAUGUGGAUCUGCUCUAUCCUCAGAAGAGAAGUAUAUGUUGGUCAAGUUUGCUAAUAUGUGUGGCGCAACUGUGUGCAAGUCUUGGAACCCAAGUGUCACUCAUGUCAUUGCAGCAACAGAUGAAAAGGGUGCAUGCACCAGAACACUGAAAGUUCUCAUGGCAAUUUUGGGUGGAAAAUGGAUCCUAACAAUUGAUUGGAUAAAAGCCUGCAUUCAAGAAAAUUAUCCUGUGAAUGAAGAGGCUUAUGAAGUUAGCCUGGACAAUCACGGCUGUUUUGGAGGUCCCAAAGUUGGUAGACUAAGGGCUUCAUCCAAUGCACCUAAGCUAUUUGAUGGUUUGAAGUUUUAUCUGAGUGGAGAUUAUGUCUCAGCUUACAGAAUCGACCUGUUAGAUCUAGUUGAAAAUGCUGGAGGUUCCAUAAUCCACACUAAGGAACAGUUGAUUUCCCAGACUGAUGCUACACAAACAACUAGUUCAGCUUGUCUAGUUGUUUAUAACAGUGAUCCUCCACGUGGUUGUGCAUUCGGGGAGGAAAGAAACAUUUUGCUUCAACGACAAGCAAAGGCUGAGGAACUGGCCAAGCCACUUGGUUGUCAGGUCAUUCAGCAUACAUGGAUUCUGGAGUCUAUUGCUACAUGUAAAUUGGUGCCUUUCUGCUGAUAAAAGGGAUAUAACCUACAAGGUUUAGUUAUAUGUUAUGAAUAAUCCUGCUAGUUAAGU